AAGUUAUCUAAACAAACAAGACCAUCUAUCCGCCCUAUUUUGUGAACUUCGUGUUAAAUUGAGUUUCCCCUAAUGUAGAGCACGAUAAAACCCUUUCAAUAGAGUACUGGGUCAACUCAGCAAUAUCUUCGCCUAAACUGUCGUCUGCGCUACAUUUAAGGAGUGAAUAAUGAACGGUCUGAUAGAAGCGCUGGCUAAUGGCGGGACCCUGGUGGUGGCGGAAGGAUACAUGUGGGAAAUCGAGAGGCGCGGCUAUCUUCAGCUUGGGAACUAUCUACCGGAAGUCGUUCUUGAUCAUCCGGAAGUGAUCAAGCAACUCCACGAGGAAUUCGCGCAUGCCGGAAGUGACGUCAUCGAAGCUUUUACGUACUACGCACAUAGAGAGAUGUUAAAGCUCCGAGGCCGGGAGGAGGAUCUAGAAAAGCUCAAUCGCACGGCGCUCAAGAUGGCGCGAGAGGUGGCGGACAGGCACGGGAAACUCAUGGCCGGUAACGUCUCCAACACGCCUCUAUACGAGCCGGAUGACCCGAAGACCCACGAGGUCAUCUACGCCAUGUUCAAGGAGCAGGUUCAAUGGGCGGUGGAGGAAGGGGCGGACUUCAUCAUCGGAGAGACGUUCGGUGCCUACGGGGAGGCGGAAAUAGCGCUCCGGGCAAUCAAAGACUGGGGCAAAGGGCUUCCAGCGGUCAUAACCAUAGCCGCCUAUGUCCCGGAGCGCACCACCGACGAUGUCCCCUUACCGGAAGCUUGCAAGAAGCUACAGGACGCCGGUGCGGCGGUGGUUGGUCUUAACUGUUCCAGAGGACCGGAAACGCUCAUGCCUCUGAUUAGGGAGGUUAAAAAACUGUGCACGGUACCGAUAGCUGCACUGCCGGUUGCAUACAGGACAAAUGCAGAGGAGAAAACAUUCUUUGCAUUGCGGGACCCGAAGUCAGGCAAGCGCGUUUAUCCGGACAACCUUGACUGCGUGCGCUGCAGCCGCGAGGACGCCCGAAAGUUCGCAGAGGAGGCGCGUGCCGCGGGCGUCCAGUACAUUGGCCUCUGCUGCGGGAAUGCGCCGAAUCUCACGCGGGAGCUCGCCGAGGUGUACCGGAAGGAGCCACCGGCGUCGCGGUUCCGGUCUCGCAUGGAACUCAGUAUGGUGUUUGGUGACAAGGCCAAGGAAUACGGAGCCGAGAUGUCCACGACGGCGAAGUGGAUGACGGGCGAUGGCUUAUAAGUUGGCGUUGUUGUUUUUGUUAUUGUUUUAAAUGUGCAAUUCAAAGUUGUUUACCUUUGCAGGCAAUUAUUUGCUACGAUGCAAGAUAAGACAAAUUUGAAGAUUUUUUGCCGUAAUCCAGUUUGCGCUGUUGUUGUUUGUUAUCUAAAACAGGUUUCAUGCAUAAUAAACAUAGGUAAACGUAAA